CAACUUCGUUCCUGUCCUCGUAUCGCCCAUUCUCCAUCUCACAUCGUCUCUAUCCCCUGUCGGAAAUCUCUGCUCUCCAUGUGAUCAGCCCGCUGACCCGGCAACCCGGGAUGGGCAGAAAAUCCGGACAUCACUGCGCCGGAUGGUCUCGCGCGCGUUGAGUCAUGGGCGAGGAGGGAUGGUCCGGUUGGGCGACACGGUGCGCUGUGGUCCGCUUGGAUUGGCAGAGGCCAUCCACGGCCCUUCGUCGCGCGCCCCAUAUAAACCAGCCGGUCUCUCCUUGACUGCCAGACACCAUUCCCUUCAGACAAUCGUGCACGGAGUCCCGCUUGACGACGCUAAAGACGCCGCGAAAAUGCCUCCCAUCAUCCACUGCGUUCGCCACGCACAGGGCGUCCACAACCUCAACGUCGCCAACCAUGUCAUCCACGACCCCCUCCUCACCGAUCUCGGCAACGAACAAUGUCGUACCCUCCGUGACAAUUUCCCUCGCCACGCCCAGGUCGACCUGGUGACGGCCUCCCCUCUCCGUCGCACCAUCUACACAGCCCUGCAGAGCUUCGAGCCGGUGUUCCAGGCGCACCCUGAUAUGAAGUUGAUCGCCCUUCCGGAUGUUCAGGAGACGAGUGAUGUGGCGUGCGACACGGGAAGCGACCCGGAUGUGCUGCGCAAGGAGAUGGAGGAGAAGAACGCCCCGAUUGAUUUGGGACUGGUGCAUGAGGGGUGGAACAACAAGCAAGACAAAUACGCACCUACCCACAAGGCUAUCAAAGAGCGGGCGCGGGCAGCUCGCCGCUGGCUGAAGGCUAGACCGGAGAAGGAGAUUGUGGUGGUGACCCACGGGGGUUUCCUGCAUUACUUUACGGAAGAUUGGGAGGAUAGCAGUCAGUACCAAGGAACCGGUUGGGUGAACACCGAGUACCGGACGUAUGAGUUCACAAAGGAAGUUCACACGGAUGACCUUGAGGGGUACGAGUUGGACGGAGACAAUGCCAGCCUGGUGGAGACGCUUGAGUCGCGCCAGCGACGUGGAAAGUCUGGGCCCACGUCGGACCGCGAGCAGCAGAAGACGUUGUACAAGCUUGGCACGCAGGGCUGGGACGACCAGGGCUUGCAGCUGAGUAUCGCGGAGCGUGAGGCGGCCAAGGUUCCAGAGGGUAAAGAAGUGAACGGCGUCCGGGUAUAGAUCCAUUGUUGUGGUUCUUUGUAGAGUAUAGAAUGAGACGGUCGAUAUAAAGGGUGACUUAGAUCAAAGAUCUGAUACCUUGAUGCAGAGAUGCAGCCGAUGCACAACUCCUAGUUCUUUGUCUUCUCCAGUGUUUUAUUAUGUCCGACAGGACAAUGAUAGUUGUCUGUAGUUGUCCGCAACAAGGCAAUGGUCAAUGGAUUCCCAUUGUUGACUUAACUAUAUGAAUGUGGCGCCUCCCAUGUGCCGUGGU